UUCCCCCUUUUUCGUCCUUUCUUUUCAUGAAUUUUGUUCGAAGAGAAUCUGAACCUUGUUGAUGGACAACUAAAAGAAGGUAUCAGCCUUUCACCGAACAAUUCCGCCGCCGUAUACGCAGUCCUUCGAGAAUGGCGACUCCGACGAGGACGGAGGCUCUUUCGCUUCUUCGCUCUCUCCUCCGUACAGCCCGUCACUUCUGCGAUUACAACGUCAGAGAGUACGCCAAGCGGCGCGCCGUCGACGGCUUCCGCCAUAACAGGAACCUCUCCGAUCCUUCGUCCAUCUCCUCAGCCUACGCCGACGGCAGGGCCCAGCUCGAAGUUGCCCGAAGACAGUCCACCGUCUACUCCUUCUUCGCGCCCAAGGUCAAGAGCAUCAUGGACCCUCAUCCCGCAAACUGAGUACGGAAGCUCCUUUGCUCUUCUUUUUCCCGCGAUUUAUUACAGAUUUCAUUAGUUAGGGUUCGUUUUCGAUUCACUGGUUUUUCUUUUGACAUCUCUCUCCUAAUUUAUAUUUUUUUUUUCAAUAAAAGAUUUGUUGUGGGAGUUCUUCCUGUGCUUUGGCUUGUAUAUUUUAGAAAUCACACCUUUGAUUGCAGGAUGGGAUUUGAAAUAUUUGGUGAUGAUGAACAUGAUUGGCUCUUUUUAUUGGUUCGAUUUCAACUGCGCGUGAAGUUGUUGGACCAAUUCUGAAUGAUGAAUGUAAUAUAUUGAAAAUAAUUGAAUAUUCCAUGGCCGGCGAUAGCCAUGACAUUAUGGAUCAAUCUUUCAUUUUCUUUCUGUCA